AUGGUAACUAUAUUUCAACGCGUUAGUCUGAAAGCAGCUGUUGGUCUCUCUGCACUUGUUCCAAUUAGUAAUGGUCUAUUAGGGAUUAUUAAAGGCCCUGCAAUGCUCGAAAAAGCUAUUCGUUGCACUAUACCAUUGGACAGCCAUUUUCGUUACUUGUCAGGUCUUCCUCUUGCCAUGGGAAUACUAUUAUUACGCAGCUUGCCUAAUAUUGAACAUGAUGGGAGUGAUUUACGUCGUGUUACAUUACUUAUAUUUAUUGGUGGAUUGGGACGUUUAUGGGGCUUAAUUACGUCAGGUUAUGAUACCAAUACAGUGAUAGUGACAUUAUCGGAGCUGUUUGUAUUACCGUUAGCAUGUAUCUAUCAAAACCACAUACAAAAAAAAGUUUUGUGUUCACAUAAAAAAUCUUAA